CGGCCUUUCAGACCCGCCGCUGGGCGCCGGUUAAGACCCAUCUCGCCGUCGCCGGUGCCAUGGAGGCGCCGGUGGAGCCGGAAGUCGAGAAUGAGGACGGCGAGAGCCGCUGCGGGGAUCUGUGCUUCAUGGACAAAGGCCUGCGGAGCAUAUCAGAGUUAUCUUUAGAUUCAACCCUUCGUGCCAUCAAUCUUCAUUGCAAUAACAUCUCGAAGAUCAAAGCCAUUGAUCACAUUUGGAAUUUACAACAUCUAGAUCUGUCAUCUAAUCAAAUAAGUCAAAUUGAAGGGCUAAACACACUGACAAAACUACGUACUUUAAACUUGUCCUGCAAUUUGAUCACAAGAAUAGAAGGACUUAAAGCACUAACUAAUCUGACUAGACUGAAUUUAUCUUAUAACCACAUAAAUGAUCUUAGUGGUUUGAUGCCCCUUCAUGGAAUUAAACAUAAACUUAGAUAUAUUGACCUACAUAGUAAUUGUAUAGAUAGUAUCCAUCACCUACUUCAGUGUACGGUAGGAUUGCGCUUCUUGACUAAUCUUAUUUUGGAGAAAAAUGGAGAAGAUAAUCCUGUCUGUCAUUUGCCAGGGUACAGAGCAGUUAUGCUCCAGACUUUGCCACAGCUUAGAAUCCUAGAUUGUAAGAACAUAUUUGGUGAACCAGUAAAUAUGGCAGAAAUAAACUCAUCACACCUACAGUGCUUUGAAGGUCUUUCGGAUAAUUUAGUUUCUUCUGACUCUCCCCUAAAUAUAAGUGAAAAUGAGAUCUCUGAUGGUAUGCCAGUGGUAACACCACCUAUCGAUGAGGUAACUCCCUUGGAUCACUUUACUUCUAAUUCUUUAAUAGAUAAUGUUCCUGAGAAAGAUCUCAGACCAAGAAGAGACACAGAUGUGACUUCUGAAAGUGACUGUGGAAACAGAAAAGAAUGCAAUAGAAAAAUUCCUCGAAGAUCAAAAAUCCCAUAUUAUUCCAAAACUAUUCAAACUGUUAAGCGCCACAGUAAAAACAACAAUGCUUUUAUAAGUUGUAAUCGUAAAAUGAAACCACCUUUCUUUAAAGAAUUACACAUAAGAUCAUCUUUAGUGAACAAUAAUAUAUUAGAAGAAUCAGAAAAGCAGAAGACUGAAAUAAUUAAAGUAAACAACGGUAGCUCAGAAAAUGCCACUUACCGGGCACUAGUUGAGGAACUAGAUCAAGAGAGAGAGAAGAGAUGGAAAGCUGAACAAACUGAAAAGAAACUUAUGGAUUAUAUUGAUGAACUGCAUAAACAUGCAAAUGAAAAAAAAGAUAUUCAUAGCCUGGCUCUUCUUACUACAGAUAGGCUAAAGGAAAUUAUUUUUAAAGAGAGAAAUUCCAAACUACAACUCGAAAUUAUGGUUCACAGGCUUCAAAAUGAAAUUAAAAAACUAACUGUUGAAUUAAUUAAAGCAAGAGAUCAACAAGAGGAUCACGUUAGACACUUAAGAACCCUGGAAAAAGCAUUAGAAAAAAAGGAGAGACAAAAAAGGCAACAGCAAGCAGCACAGAUGCGACUUAUCCAAGAGGUAGAACUCAAAGCCGUAGCUGCUGAUAGAGAAAUAAACUUACUUAGAACUUCUCUUCAUCAAGAAAAGGAACACGUGCAACAACUUCAUGAACUUCUUGCAUUGAAAGAACAAGAACACAGGAAAGACCUUGAAACAAGGGAGUUUUUUAGUGAAGCUGAGUUCCAGGAAGCCUUAGCUAAAGAAGUUGCUAAAGAAGAGAGAAAACAUGAACAAGUUAUAAAAGAAUACCAAAACAAAAUUGAUGCAUUAAACCAACAGUAUAUGGAUUUAGAAAAUGAAUUCCGUAUUGCUUUAACUGUUGAAGCCAGAAGAUUUAAAGAUGUUAAAGAUGGUUUUGAAAAUGUUGCAACUGAAUUAGCAAAGAGCAAGAAUGCUCUUGUUUGGGCUCAACGAAAAGAAAAUGAAUCUUCCUCUUUAAUUAAAGAUCUAACCAGUAUGGUGAAGGAACAAAAAACAAAACUGGCAGAAGUUUCUAAAUUGAAACAGGAAACAGCAACAAAUUUACAGAAUCAAAUCAACACACUUGAAAUUUUAAGUGAAGAUGACAAGCAGAAGAGUAUUCAAAUAGAACUUCUCAAGCAUGAAAAAAUGCAGCUUAUUUCCGAACUAGCAGCCAAGGAAUCGCUAAUUUAUGGUUUAAGGACAGAAAGAAAAGUAUGGGGACAUGAGUUGGCACAACAGGAAUCUUCUCUAGCCCAAAAUCAUGGGAGACUAGAGGCUCAAAUUGAAAGUUUGUGUAAGGAGAAUGAAUCUCUGCGAAAGGCAAGUGAACGUGAUAAUGACACAUUAAGAAUUAAGUGCAAAAUCGUAGAAGACCAAACUGAAACCAUUGGAAAAUUAAAAGAAUGUUUACAGGAAAGAGAGGAACAAAUCAAAAUAUUACACGAAAAGAUCACUGAAAUACAAAAAUGUACCCAAGAACAGCUUGAUGAAAAAUCUUCACAACUGGAUGAAAUAAUUGAGAAACUAGAAAGACACAAUGAAAGAAAAGAAAAACUAAAACAGCAGUUGAAAGUAAAGGAAUUAGAACUUGAAGAAAUUAGAAAAGCUUACAGUACACUUAAUCAGAAGUGGCAUGAUAAAGGAGAGCUUCUGUGUCAUCUUGAAAUGCAAGUAAAAGAAGUGAAAGAAAACUUUGAAAACAAAGAAAGGAAACUUAAAGCAGAAAGAGACAAAAGUAUUGAACUGCAAAAGGAUGCAAUAGAAAUGCUUCAUAGUAUGGAUGAUGCAUUUAAAAAACAAGUUGAUGCAAUUGUUGAAGCUCAUCAAGCUGAAAUAAUACAGCUGGCAAGUGAAAAGCAGAAAUGUAUCGAUUCUGCAAAUUUAAAGGUUCAUCAAGUUGAAGAAGAAAUGCGUGGACUUCUGGAAGAAACAUGCAAGAACAAAAAAGCAAUGGAAAUAAAAAUUAAGCAACUUGCUUUUGCUCUAAAUCAAAUUCAGCAAGAAAUGUGAUGGUUCUGAGAAUGGAUUGAAUUGAAAUGAACCAGCAGACCUAUUGUAAAAAUGAUUAAAUAUUGUGAUAGUAGUAA